CUCGAGUCCCUAGCAAUAGGAGCCUCCCAUCUCGGCCCCCACACGCCGGCCCGCCCCCCACGCGCCGCCGCGCGGCGCGCCGGCCGCCGCGCCUGCACCUCCACCUCCGCCCCGCCUGUAGACGGCCGCCGCGCCUCCACCUCGUCGCCUGCACCUCCACCUCCGCCCCGCCUGCAGACGGCCGCCUUCAACUCCGACGGAACGAGCGAGCCUUGAACGGGGCGGCGCCGGCGGGCCGGCGGUGGACGGCCGCGCCUCGCGCCUGCCGCCCCGAAGAGCGCUUCCACGGGGCCGUGAACAGAGCGCUCCUCCAGCUCGGGCACGGGCACGGGUGGGCGGUGGCUACCUCUGCAGCCCUGCGCCGCCGCAGCCGCGCCGCCGGGGAGCCGUGCAAGAACGACGUGCUCGACAUGGUCCUCGACAAGGAGGGCGAGUGGAAAGCAGGAGGGGUCCCUGCUCGGCCACAACGUCAUGCGAGUCCUCCUCUCCGAUCUGUACGGCGCCGGGGCGAGCACGACGGCGGCUCUCAUCGAGUGGGGAAUGGUGGACCUGCUCCAGAACCCGGACGCGGACAGGUUCAUCCCGGAGAGGUUCGUCGGCGGCGAGAUCAGGAGCUACCUGGGCCAGGACUUCGAGAUGAUCCCGUUCGGCCUCGGCCACCGCAUCUGCCCCGGGAUGCCGCUGGCGCAGAAGCUGAUACCGCUGCUCCUUGGCACGCUGCUCCAUUGCUUCGAGUGGGAGCUCCCCGCCGAGGUCAGGGAGAGCGGGAUCGACAUGAAGGAGAAGUGUGGGGUGGUGCUGUCUCUCGUCAACCCCCUCACGGCCCUACCCAAGGAGAUAUGAUCGAAUUUCUCUCGCUCCAUGGCUCGAUGGUUUCCGUGCCCGUAUCCUCUGCUCGGCGAAGCUCCGUUCAUGGAUUGGGAUCUCAAGAUGCCGGUGUGGAGCCGGUGUCAGCCAGGACGGCUGCGGCGGCGGUGCCCCCGCGAGCCCGAUGAAGCGCCCGCGCUCCGGCGCCAGCGGCGGCGGCGGGGCGCAGUGCCCGUCGUGCGCGGUGGACGGCUGCAAGGCGCACGCGGGGCGGCAGGCGCGAGGCGCGGCGUGCGAUGGCGCGCGCACGGCCGGCGAGGAUGCGGCGGACACGACGACGGCGGAGUCGACAACGGAGGCGAGAAGGAUCCCCUGUGUCGCUGACAGUGGGUCCCGCUGAUUUGCAGGCCGAAAUUUGAGAGCCCGGCUGGAGUUGGGUCCGAAUUUGGGCCUAUAUAUUGCGGUUUUUUCUUUUCUCUUAUCGGAUCCAUCGUCAAAACUUCUGACCAUGAUAUACGUAUACGUAUGUCAUGGGCUUAAUUGCUUAUGGUAUCUGAUCUUUGUGGGCUUUUCGUGGGCCAGCUGUGCGCGUGAGAACAGGCCAAUAAGAGGCCGCAAAUAAAAUUCGGCCCAGCGUGAGACCGCGAA